GCGGCAUUGCGCGUUUUGUUUUUCACAAAUAUAGUGAAAACAUCAUCUAAAUUUCAUUGUUGAGAAAUAAUUAAUACAGAUUACUGUUGUUUUAAGCAACUACAUUGAAGGUUGGGUGCGCAGUCGGUUGCAAAUAUGUUCGGCCAACAGAACAAGCCACCGUUUGGUGGCACAAGUUUUGGAACCACAGCGACACCAUUUGGACAAGCACCCGCGCCGACGUCGUUCGGAGCGACAAAGCCGACGGGUUUCGGAGCGACGUUCGGCGCUGCGGCACCGCCGUUUGGCACGGUGGCGCCCUCUGGUGCUGCGACGGGAUUCGGCGCGGCCGGCGCGACGGGAACGGGGUUGUUCGGAACCCCGACACAAUCAACGGCGUUCGGUCAGGCCCCGGCUGCUACUACGGGUUUCGCGUUCGGCACCCCGGCGACACAGCCGGCCACGGGUCUCUUCGGAGCGGCAGGAACGACGGGAAUGUUUGGAACUCCUGCGGCGGCAAGCACCAGCUUCAGCGCUAAGCCUGCGACCGGCUUCGGAGAGCGAAAGAGAGACAGACAGAGAGAGAGGCUGUGUACGCGCCUGUGUCUGCUGCUUGCAGCCGUGAUGCCGUUCGGAGCCAGCGCGCCGACGGGAACGACGAUAAAGUUCAACCCGCUGGCCGGCCAGGACACGACGAUGAAGAACGGCGUGUCAACGAACAUCAACACCCGCCACCAGUGCAUCACCGCCAUGAAGGAGUACGAAACGAAGAGUCUGGAGGAGCUGCGUUGUGAAGACUACCUCGCGAGUCGCAAGGGUCCGCAGGCCGGCUCGACGAUCGGCGCCGCCUCCACGGGUCUGUUCGGCCGCCCGGCGACCGCCACCACACAGGCCGGUAUCACGUUCGUACAGCCCGCAAAGUCAACCGGGUUCGGUCCCACGACGGGUUUCGCCACGGCCACGAGUACAGCAGGCGGGCUGUUCGGUCAGCCGGCUGCCACCAGCGGAAUGUUCGGGCAGACGAAACCCGCGUUCGGCGUUGCCACGACGACCGCCGGCUCAACGUUCGGCUUCGCGGCGGGAACCACGGCGACGAGCGGCGGCCUCUUCGGGCAGACGGCGAACAAGCCUCUGUUUGGUUCGACGACGAAUGCUAGCGGAGGGAUGUUUGGGGGAGCGGCAACGACGCAGGCGCAGACGGGGUUAUUCGGGGCAACGAAUACAGCAACACCCGCGUUCGGGUUCGCGCAGCCACAGCAGCAGCAGACGGGCGGUCUCUUCGGACAGAAGGCGCCUGCGUUUGGCGCGUCCACGGCGACCACACAGCCGACGUUUGGAUUCGGCGCGGCUAACACGGGGACGGGUCUGUUUGGCAACAAACCCGCGGGCGCCACGGCUCCCUUCACAGGGUCCGCCGGAUUCAGUUAUGGAGCCGGCCUUGGUUCAUCGUUCGGCGCCGGUACGGGUGCGUUUGGCUCCACCCUAGGCGGCAUCGGCGGCGGCGUCGCAGGAUUGUCGGGGCAGCAGGCAGGGGGCGCUGAUCAGCAGGCGCAGCUACAGCUUCUCGCGCUCGCCGCCUCGCCAUACGGAGACUCGCCGCUCUUCAGGAACAUCGUGCAGGAUCAGAGUAAGCGCGAGGACAUGCUAAAGCCGACGAACCCGGCAGCACAGAGGGCGCUGGGGAGCUCGACGCACUACAAGCUGUCGCCGCGGCCGACCGCAAAGAUCAAGCCGAAGCUGCUGACGGCAGACGGACGGCUUGUAUUAUCAUGUUUACAGCGGUCAGCAGUAUCUAGCAGCUUGUAUUAUCGUGUUUGCAGCGGUCACGAGGGCUCGCCGCUCACGCAGCUCGAGUCGACCAUCGCCGACCUUGAUCGCCGCAACAUCGGCAGGGUCGUCGGCCGGCGGCUGGAGGUCAGCAACGACGAGAGCCGGGACGUGAGUCUGCCCGACACCGACAGCUCGCAGGACCAGUACGAGACGAACGAGAACGCGGCCCCGCACCCGGCCGGUAUCGUCUGCCGCCGCGUCGGCUACUACACGAUCCCGUCCCUCGACGAACUCGCUGCCAUCGCCACCGGCAACGACGACGACGACGACGACCACAACGACGAUGGAUAUGACGGAGAAGACAGAAGCUGCCCGGUGGAGAACUUCACGGUGGGACGCGAGGGGUACGGGUCGGUGUUCUUCCCCGGCGUGACGGACGUCGGCGGACUCAACCUCGACGAGAUAGUGCAUUUCCGGAGGAAGGAGGUGACGGUCUAUCCAGAUGACAGCUGCAAGCCUCCGGUCGGGGAAGGUCUCAACAAGAAAGCUGAGAUCACACUCGAUGCAGUCUGGCCCAACGACAAGACUACACACUCCCCGAUCAAGGAUCCGUCGCGGCUAACGGUGAUUGGUUACCAGGAGAAGCUGGAACGCGCGACCGGUCGUCUCGCCGCCAAGUUCAUCGACUAUCGGCCGUGGACGGGCUCCUGGGUGUUCCAGGUUCAGCACUUCUCCAAAUACGGCCUGCAGGAUUCCGACGAAGACGACGUUAGUCCGGAACUUCUGAAGCAGCGGCAGCAGCAGCAGGACACACAGCGGAAGCAGGAAGGACAGCAGCAGCAGCAGCAGCAGCAGCAGCAGCAGCAGCAGCAGCAGCAGCCGGCGGCGGCUGGCCAGGCCGCGAAGACCUUGAUCCCGGACAAGAUGACCUUGACGGGAGAGCAGGCGGCGACCGCGCCGGGAAACCAGGAAGACCAGCCGAUGGGAGAGGAGAACGACCUUGAGACUUAUCCUUCAGAUGAGCUUGCCAUGCCGAUGGAGGAAGCUGACGUGGGAUACGAUCUAGGUGGCGCCACCGACAAGUCGAGCUCUCACCAGAUGGCGAGCGUGCUUGGCGUGAACGCUCAUCGUCUGCAGGUGAUGAAAGCUUCCUUCUUCGAUGAGGAAGAGGACAUGGCCGUCGGGGACGAGAAGGAUGCCCUCAAAUCGCGCCUCGAAUCGCGUCGCUCGCGGCGCGGUCUCGGCGGCGCCCUCUACAGGGGGUCGCCUCGGGCCGCCCCGGACGUCGCGGGGAAGACGCUUGACGAUAGCGGGAUCCUGCAGCAGACGUACCGGCUCGGUCUCGCUGACCGCUUCGUUCCCUUGACCCGCGCGGACACACACCCACCGCACAAGGCCACGGGCGUGCCGGCGUUCGCGCUCCCCUCCGACGCCAAGCACCGAGCGAUCAUCACGCUGACGGAGGCGAACCUGGAGAUCUCGCUGCAGCACAGCGACGGCGGCGGCGAUGCGCGGGACGGGUGCCCGGCGUUCCGGCCGCGUGCGAGCGUCGACGCGCUGCAUGCGUACGCAGAUCGCAGCGAGGAGGAGGAGGCUGAGCAUCCGCGAGUCGGUGAGGAAGCAGACGAGUUUGCGUCGCGAUCGAACCAGGUGUGGAACCUGUGCUGCGCCCUGUGGGGAAGAAUCACGGGCGUUGCCGAUGACAACGAAGACGACGACAAACAACAGAACAGCUAUGCGUGUCGCAUGGCACGCCGCGAGGCAUUCUCUCAGUGGCUGUCGUCGACGGCGAGUGGCGCCAUCGAGCGAGAGGUUCAGGAGGCAAAGACAAAGGGAUCCGGGAGUGCGGCGGCAGUCUUCAGCCUGCUCACUGGGAGACAGAUAGCAGAGGCGUGCGAGUUGGCGCAGGCCGGCAGCAAUCAUAGACUGGCGCUGCUCAUCUCGCAGGGCCUCGGCUCUCAGAUCGUGAGGGACCUCGUGCAGAAGCAGCUGUGCAUGUGGGAGGAAGGAAAGUCGGACGCCUUCAUCUCCGCCGACCGGCUGAAGAUCUUCGGCAUGCUGGCGGGCGUGCUGGUGUGGCCGACGUCGAGGGGUGAGGCUGUGAACGCGUGCGGCGGGCUGGACUGGCGGCGCGCGCUCGCCCUGCACCUGUGGUACGAAUGCCCGGCGACCGCGAGCGUGGCAGACGCUCUCCUCGCGUACGACGACGCGUUCAAGGGCAAGACUCCCUACGGAGCGUACGCGGCGCCGCCGCUGCCGCCCUACCUCUCCCGCGAGCGAGGGGGCGCCACCGACGACGACGACGACUACGAGGACGACGACGCUCACCGCGUGUGGGACACGUGCUACCACCUGGUGAAGCUUUACAGCGAUCGCUCGCAUCGCUUGGAGCGUCUGCUGGCGCCGGCGACGACGACAGCCGACCACCUCGACUACAGGCUCAGCUGGCAUCUGAGUCGCGUACUGGAGGCGCUGGGAUACUCACACCUGUCUGACUACCGCUCGUGUCAGCUACACGUGAACUAUGCUGCUCAGCUGGAGGCGUGCGCGCUCUGGCACUGGUCCAUCUACGUGCUGCUACACAUACCGGACAGACACCGGAGGGAGAGCUGUGUGGUCCGAGCGAUGCUGGGACGCCACGUGAGACUGGGUAGAGGCGACGACGACGGCGACUACGCAUGCAGGGAGACGUUCGUGCGUGAGCGGCUGGGCAUUCCAGCCGCAUGGUUUCACACAGCUAAGGCGCAGCUGGCGCGGCGUCUCGGCUACGCACCGGGAGAGGCGUGGCACCUGCUGCGCGCGGAACGCUGGAACGACAGCCACGUCGUCGUCAUGCGCCACCUGGCGAGCAAAGCCAUCGUCAACGAAAACUACGAGUACUUGCGGAGGUUCCUGUCGGAGCUAGCCCGCCCGGAGAGGAGCGUGCUCAUCCAGGACUGGAACACUAGCGGUGGCGUCUUCCUGGACUACAUCCUGCUCAGGACUCGCUACAGAGACUGGAGGAGAGACUUGGAGGAGAGACUGGAGGAGCAGGAGAUCGGCGCGUACGACCUUGAACGUCUGCACACGGAGGUCGCGUCGCUGUGCACGCGUCUGCUACGACUCCCCUGCAUCACCACCGUCGACCGGCUGUGUCAGUCGGAGAUGGCGAAGCGUACGGCCGAGCUGCUGCGCUGCAUUCUCUCCCUGGAGCGAGGGGGCGCCGGCGGAGCGGCGGCGGCCGUGCCCGCGCGACUGGUGGCGCCCCACCUCAACGCACUGCCGAUGCCGGAGGACUAUGCUCUGCAGGAGCUGAGGGCUCUGACGAGCUGCAACCUCAUGGAGAUCGCAUCCUUAGCACCUCCCGGCGCCACCCACGGAGAUGGACGGGGGGUGUGUGUGCGAUCCUAGCACCUCUCCCGGCGCCACCCACGGAGAUGGGACGGGGGGGUGUGUGCGAUCCUAAGCAGCCUCUCCGGCCGCCACCCGCGAGCAAUGGACGGGGUGGUGUGUGUGGCGAUCCUA